AUGCGAUGCGCUCCCCCUCCGGCGGCGGCAGCGUGGUGGCCCGCGCACGUUCGUGACUGGCCUUCCGCCACGCGCCCCGGUUCCUGUGGCUCCGAGUCCGAGCUCGCUCCCCGCGCCCGCGCCAUCGCCGCGGGGCGGAGCGGAUUCACCAACAUGUGGCUUUUCUGGCGCACUAGGAACCGCUUCUCCCUUGAGGAGCUCCGGUAUCUAACAGACCAUCUACAAAAGGUUCAUGUUGUCAAUGAAGCUAACAAGGAUUUCGUGAUUGAAGCAUUGAGAUCAAUUGCGGAACUUAUGAUAUAUGGUGACCAGCAUGAUCCUUCGUUUUUUGAAUAUUUUAUGGAGAAACAGAUCAUGGGUGAACUCGCUCGUGUCCUAAGGAUCUCUAAGCUGUCAAGAGUGUCACUCCAACUGCUACAGACAAUGGGUAUCAUGAUCCAAAAUCUGAGAAAUGAACAUUCAAUUUAUUACAUUUUUAGCAAUGAGCACAUCAACUUCUUGAUUACAUACCCAUUUGACUUUCGAAUUGAUGAGAUGUUAUCGUACUACAUAUCUUUUCUGCGGGCGAUAAGUGGGAAGUUGAACAAGAAUACAAUUUCUUUGCUCGUGAAGACGAAAAAUGAUGAGGUCACUUCCUUUCCUCUUUAUGUUGAGGCCUUAAAGUUUGCUUUUCACGAGGAUAGCAUGAUUCGAGUUGCUAUACGUACCUUGACACUCAAUGUCUAUCAUGUUGGAGAUGAAUCUAUUAACAGAUUCAUUUCCCGUGUGCCUCUAUCAGAUUAUUUUUCAGACAUGGUUCAGCAUUUUCAGAAGCAGUGCAUUGACUUGGAUAAGUUGGUUGCACGCUCCUCACGAAAUGCGAAUUCUUCUUUGCCAAUGUCUUCUGUUGAAGAUGCAAUUGUGCAAAUUGAAGACACACUGUAUUAUUUCAGUGAUGUUAUGUCUUCUGGUAUUCCUGAUCUUGAAAGGUUCAUCACUGAAAAUAUCUUGCAAGUUCUGGUAUUUCGGUUCUUACUCCCGUCAUUGCAGAGGCAGAGCACAGAUUUGGACUUAAGUGUCACUACAUCCAUGUAUCUGCUUUGUUGUAUACUACACAUUUUUAAGAAUAAGGAUAUGGCAAGUACUGUAGCUGCUGCCCUUUUUCAUCAACCUGAUGGCCCUCAUGAUAGGAAGCAAGGGACGCCUAAUGGGUAUACAUCUGAGCAUGAUAAUUGCAAAUUUGAGAAUCAUUGCACUACUGCCUCUGCUGUCGAGCAAUCAAAUGAGGAUGAGCCAAAUUCUUUGUCUUCUGUUAGUUGGAAACGCUUGCCCGACAAUUCACCGCCAAGUGAUUGCUGCCAAGGCAACACACCAAGGGAACACUUGCUGUCCUAUAUCACAGAAGGAGAUGAUUCACAAGCUUUGGGUUCAUUGUGCUUAUUCGCUACAUUAUUGCAGACGAAAGAACUUGAUGAAUCAAUGCUGGAUGCACUUGGAAUCCUCCCUCAAAGAAAGCAGCAUAAGAAACUUCUAUUACAAGCUUUAGUAGGUGAAGACCUUGCUGAAAGACAAUUAUUUUCGUCAAGCAGCGGUCUAACUGAUGACAGCAUUUGUAGUGAUUUUGAUAUUUAUGUAAGGAAGCUUCAGGAUAAAUAUGGGCUGCAGUGUCACCAUCCACGGCAAAUGACUUCCAAAGCUCACAGAUAUCAGGUGCUCGAUGCUUUAGUAGACCUUUUCUGCAGAUCAAUGGUUUCUGCAGAUGUUCGUUUGGUUGGUGGCUGGCUUUUCCGGCAACUGCUGCCCCAUGGAGAGGAAGAAUUCACUGCUUUUCAUCUAAGGCGACUAAAGGAUUCACACAAGGAUUGUAGCUCAAAGCUUUCUGAGGAAUCUGUAGGAUGCUGGUGUGACAUGCUUCUUCCUAUUGUCAAAGAGGCUUGGAGGAACUGCAAGAAAGCAAUUGAGGCAUCUUCGCCACCAAAAGGAUCCAAUUCUAUUAUUGUACCCAUGGAUUUGUGUUCAUUUGGAGGUGAUUCUUCUGUUGCCAUCGCAGAGGGAGUCUAUGAGAUGGUUAAGGGUUUUGUGCUGCAGCAUCAAGUUAUACUCUUCUGCCUUGGAGAAACUUUCACAGAGCAACCUCCUAUUUACCCUCCUGUUGAUUUGCCUGUAAAUACUAGGGCAAAUGCUGCAGAUUUUGGUGGUUCAGUGCCUAAACCUGGGCUUGAGGUCAACUUAGUCGACGCUGUUCCUUGUCGAAUAGCCUUUGAGAGGGGCAAAGAACGCCACUUCUGCUUUUUGGCCAUAUCUCACGGAACUUCUGGUUGGAUUCUUCUUCUAGAACAAUUACCUCUAAAGCAAGAACGAGGAAUUGUCUGUGUCAUGGCUCCUUUGGCAGGAUCUGAUCCAAGAAUAGAUACGAAGCAUGAGAAGUGGUUGCAUCUACGCAUUCGACCUUCUUCAGUGCCUUUUUUGGACACUGAAAAACAAAAAGCGAAGACAAAGAAGUAUCUUGUUGACGGGAGAUGGACCCUUGCUUUUAGUGACGAGCAGUCCUGUAAGGUUGCAGAGAGUAUGGUUAUUGAAGAGAUGAAACUCCAACGAGAUGCUGUUGGAGAACAAUUGAAGCCAUUGGUUGAAUUUGACAUGCCUGAGGAUGGAUUGCAGCACCCCCAGCCUUCACAUGAAACCCCUUCUGAUGAUGGAUCAUGA